ACGGCCAAGUGUUUCUUUUUUAAAUUUUAAAUGUCAUUACAACACAUGUUGAAAGAUGCUAAUCCAUUCGUAAACUUGCUUAAAUUACGCGAAGCAAACAAUUUCAAAAUUGGCGGUAAACGUGUUCGAGCCGUUUGUCAUGCGUAGUAUUGUUUUGUUUUCUCCAGUCAUCAGCUGUUGUGUCAGUACAAAAUGGAAGCAGUAGUGUAGUUAUUAGUAUUGUGAUAGGAUUUACCAAGGUCGCUCUUUGUGUUGAAAGUGAACGAAAGAUUUCGCGUAAAACUGACAAACUGUUUAUUUAGCCAGUUACGAUUGCAACACAAGAGGUGUUGGAAAGAAUAACAUAAAUCGCACCUAAACGUACUCAUGACCAACACAAAUACUUCGUCCGAUUCAAAUGGUUCUGGGACGUUCUUUGUGAAUUUUAAUCAAGAUUGCACAUCACUCGCCGUUGGAAGUAAGGUCGGAUAUAGAUUAUACUCGCUGAGCGGCAUAGACUCGCUCGAACAAAUUUAUAGCAAUGCCACUGAAGAUACGUGCCUCGUCGAACGACUAUUCAGCAGCAGCCUGGUCGCGGUCGUCUCGCUCACCGCACCGAGGACGCUUAAAGUUUGCCACUUCAAGAAAGGGACGGAAAUAUGCAAUUACUCGUACUCGAACACAAUCCUAGCCGUCAAACUGAACCGGGCGAGGCUAGUCGUCUGUCUGGAGGAAAGCUUAUACAUUCACAAUAUACGAGACAUGAAGGUGUUACAUACGAUACGUGAUACGCCGCCAAAUCCUCAGGGGCUCUGUGCUCUUAGUAUAAAUAACGAUAACUGUUAUCUUGCAUAUCCUGGAUCGUCAACAAUCGGAGAGGUCCAAAUCUUUGAUGCCAAUAAUCUACACGCGAAGACCAUGAUACCCGCCCACGAAAGUCCCCUAGCGGCAUUAGCGUUCAGUCCGAACGGCACAAGAAUUGCCACUGCCUCGGAGAAGGGAACAGUCAUACGAGUGUUCUUGGUCGCGGACGGUACCAAGCUGUUUGAGUUUCGUAGGGGCGUCAAACGUUGCGUUGCGAUAUCGUGCCUCGCUUUCAGUAUGUGCUCCCAAUACUUAGGUUGUAGCAGUAAUACUGAAACUGUACACGUUUUCAAAUUGGAAGAACCCAAAGAUAGGUUAGGCUUGACAAAGUUUUUCAAAAUUUUUAGUCCUCGAAGAAGCGUGGAAGAAACCAGCUGGAUGGGCUAUCUGACAAACUACUUACCCACCCAAGUCACGGACGUUUUCAAUCAAGGACGGGCGUUCACGACCGCCCACUUGCCCUUUUACGGAGUACGAAACGUCAUCGCGAUCACCACAAUACAGAACCAAUUGCGGCUAUUGGUGGCGUCCGAGGGCGGCACCUUGUAUGUAUAUAAUCUGGACGGCAACGAAGGCGGCGAUCUAGCGUUACUGAAGCAGCAUCGCCUGGACGGGAAAAUUGAAGAGGCCCACAAACCUACGGAUAGCACCGCUGGCCGGUCGGAUCCUCAACCAAUCGGGCGCAAAGAUGGAGGCUCAGCAAUGCUAGGUAGCUACGCGGGGAUCGUGAAAGGGAACCCGCCGGGCCAAAUGUCAGGUACUGAUUCGGAGAAGUAUCGAGAAAUGUCCGCCGCCGUCGAAUCUCCGCCGAAGGGCGGCUUUCAGUUCCAUAACGAACAAGAGUAUCCACCUCUCGCCCAGAAAACGGACUGAGAGAUGGAUGACGACGAUCCAUUAAUUAUAGGUAAUGUAUUUAUAAUUGAUGAGCCUCAAUUCAGGUAUCAUCUUAUUUUUGGCACAGUUUUCCUUAUACAUGUGAUUGUUCGCAUUAGUGAAAAAAUUAUCUUUUAUUUGUUCGACUUAGAAGAAUGAUGUAUAGCUUUUCCUUUUCAUUUUUGUAUGUUUUGUAUAUGUCGCAAUAUAGUUCUUUUUUUGUAUUAAUAAAAGUGGUUUUAUAAUUUCUAUUUGCCGUUAUCAUCACACAAGGAGGUAAGAGAGAAUAAAUUAUUUUUGUCAAAUACCUUUUUGCUACUCGCAUAUACUGUUGACUAUAGAUUGAGUCAAUAUUUAGAGAUUUUUGUAAUAUUCGGGGCAUUACGCGAAGUGGAGUUAUUUUGUGUAUAAAGUAUUAGUGCUUUAUUCUUGUAUAAUUAAUUAUUUGUUUUCGCUUCAGGUCUCUUUAUUUGUAAAACUACCCAUAUCAACAAAUCUGUACAUUGUGUUGCUUAAGUAGACCUGAACGAUUUUUAAUUUAAUACAUGUCGAAUAAUAAUGCUGCCACCUGUUGUUUGUGGUUUAAGUUAGUGUCGAUGCAGUGCCUGUUGCACUGCUUCCAAUUCUGUUUGUGUACUUUUGGGAUGCAUUGUAACAACAACCACAAAGUACACUUUACUAGAAUAAAAUCUGUGAAAGGGUAGAAAAAGGUUAUAGUUUUGCAUGCGUUGUAAACUUAUAGAAGAAAACUAUGUGAGAUUUGGUGCCUAGUUUUUUUGUCCCGUACCGAGCAAAACUGUAACUAAAGUAUUGCAUAGUUUUAUCAUAAUUGUAGCUUAUUUAAAUGCAUACAAUAAACUUAUGCGCAUCUUCUAUGCCAUUUUAUGAAUUUGUAUAUAUGUUAUUUAUUUUGUGUGAUAAAAGUAGUACUGCGAAGUAUUCCUCAUCCCCCUUAAUUACCAAAUGGCUCACAGCUUUAAGCUUAUUUUUUAUACAUAAAGAUGUGAGUGUAUUUAUAUGGUAUGCGAAAUAAUCCAUGCACUUUGUAUAUAAUAUGGAAAAAUUAGAAAAAAGAAUGUUUGAAUGAUUGUUCAUAAUAACUUUAGUUUGCAAUACUUGUACUUUUUUUAAUAAAUCGAUUUAGGUAUG